AUGGGCGCAAUCAGAAAGUUUGCGUUCUCAUUAGAUGAGGCAAGAAAGGAUACCGGUGUUGUCAAAUUGAUAGGACGUGCUAGCAGACAUGAUCCAGACAGAUUUCCAAGAAAGAAUAAUCUACUGUUUGAAGAGAAAUCUCUGAGUAAAAACCACGCUAUUUUGGGACUCAAAUUGUUAGAUCCGCUGGAACCGGGCAUUCAUAUUAUUGAUCAGUUUAGAAUAUACAUCAAGGACUUGGGUAGCACAUACGGUAUCGUCGAUUUAAAUUCACAGGAGAGCGACCCGUUUGUUGUAGACUUGAAAAACGGGGAACGGUUUGGCCUGAUUAACCUGGAUGAGCCUGUUAAUUCUAAUCAGCGUCGAGCAGCCAAAUUGAAAUACAAGGUGAUUAUCAAACACCGUGACCCCAAAAAUGGUAUAUUUGAAUGCAUCGUGGAGGACGUUUCGGGAGAAGAUAGUCCCAUGGUUUCGAGACCAUCCACUUAUGGUGAAGACGUGAGAUUGUAUGGUUUGAUACCGUCAAGUGGAGAGAUUAACUCUAUGGUUUCUGAUUCUUCGUCUAGCUCUUCAUCCUCACCUUAUGAAUGGGAUGUUGAUGACGAUGACAAUUUGUUUGAAGACGAUGCUUCCGCUGAUGAUUUGAGGAGUAGCUUGGAUUCAUUUGAAUACGAGAAUACAAGUGACGAGAAUUUAAGAGACGAAGGUGAUAGUGAUCGUGAAGGUUACACCGUUGUCAAUCUACUUUCGGUGUCAAAAGCAGUUGAUGAUUGGGAUAUUUGGAAGACUAAUGAGUUGGAGAAACGUGCUACUAUUUCAAGAGGUUUGAAAAGCUCUCUUUUGGACGAGAGCCUCGAUUUACUCGAUGAAGAUGAUACAGUUGUGGUUUCGAAAAAAGAAUCAGACCCUAGCAAGCCUCCAAAGACUUAUAUGAAGUAUCUGGUACUCAGUGGCAUAAUAGGAUUCACUUUUGGUGUUUUUGGUUCAUUCGGGAUACUUGCUGUCUUGGCAAAUAAAAUGGAGUAA